AUGACUUAUUUACCUGAUGUUGUCAUUUUGUUAUUGAGCUUGCACAGGUAUAUGCAAAAUUCUGUCACCUUUCAUUUUAUUAGUGUUCUGCUGUUGUUAAAAGCAGAGGUUAAGAAAAACUGUUCUGAAGAAAAGGCAUUAUUUUUCCAAGAGAUAUCAGCAUUUAAUGAUGAAUAUGGACUGUUAAAUAACAGAGAGCUUUUGAUUGCAAAUGAAGUCAAAUCAGAAAUACAGAAGUUGGAACUUGAAAUGGAAACACUAAAUAAUGAAAUGAAAAUUAUGGAAAACAAGAAUGUUAAGCUGAAUGUGUUGCAGAAACAGAAAGAAGAAGCCAAAGAAGAACUACUUCUACUUCAGAGUAAACUGCAAGCAUUUGAAAGUAAAAGAAGUGAAGCUGUAUCUAGAACUAAACUCUUGGAAGAAGAAAAAGAACAGAUAAUACAGAAGCCUCAGACUGAUGCUGAAUUUUUGAGGCUCAAGAAAGAACUGGAAGCAUAUAAAGAGGAUGAUAUAGAAAGUGUCUGUGAAUCACUUAGGACAGAAAUUAACUUCUUACAAAUGGUGUGUAUUUUAUAUGAAAUGGGAUUAAAAUAA